CAUGUUCUUAUAUAGCCCCCCUAGUUGCUUUGUUCUUUGUAGGGUUUUCCUCCGCCGUUUAGAUUUUUAAUUACGGAAGCUUGGAAGAAGAAGGUUCAAAAAAUGGGCCCUAAGAGAGGUGGAAAGGUUGUGGCUCUUGCCAAGAAGAAACAGCCGGAGAAGGAUGUUAAUCCAUUGUUCGAGAAGCGUCCCAAACAGUUCGGUAUCGGAGGAGCUUUACCUCCGAAGAAGGAUCUGCAUCGAUUUGUGAAGUGGCCGAAGGUUGUUCGAAUCCAAAGGAAGAAGAGGAUCCUUAAGCAGAGGUUGAAGGUCCCACCAGCGUUGAACCAGUUUACCAAGACUCUUGAUAAGAACCUUGCAACAAGUUUGUUCAAGUUGCUUCUCAAGUACAGGCCAGAGGACAAGGCAGCCAAGAAGGAACGUCUGUUGAAAAAAGCACAGGCUGAAGCCGAAGGAAAAUCUGCCGAGUCUAAGAAACCCAUUGUCGUUAAAUACGGUCUUAACCAUGUUACCUACCUUAUUGAGCAGAACAAGGCUCAAUUGGUAGUUAUUGCUCAUGAUGUGGAUCCCAUAGAGUUGGUAGUGUGGCUCCCUGCAUUAUGCAGAAAGAUGGAGGUCCCUUACUGCAUUGUCAAGGGGAAAUCUCGUUUGGGAUCGACUGUUCACAAGAAAACUGCUGCCGUUUUGUGCUUGACCACAGUUAAGAAUGAGGAUAAGUUGGAGUUCAGCAGAGUCCUUGAGGCCAUCAAGGCAAACUUCAAUGACAAAUAUGAGGAGAAUAGGAAGAAGUGGGGAGGUGGUGUUAUGGGCUCCAAAUCACAGGCCAAAACCAAGGCAAAGGAGAAGCUUCUUGCCAAGGAAGCUGCUCAGAGGAUGACUUAGAAAUGUUCAUUUUUUUUCCUAUCACCAUUAAUGGUGUUUUAUUUUUCUUUUUUGAUAAUGCUCCUUUGCUGUCAGUUGCAUUUGACUCUCUUUUUAUGGUUUUUUUUUUUGGCAGAGGAAUAAUUAUUAUCAUUCUAGUGAAAACUUUCAAAGCUACCUUAGUAAAUUAAGUUUAUAAUUUAAGCUUUAA